UGUUGUUCAUCUCUUCCACAGCCAGCCAGCCACACACAGUCAGACAGACAGCAAAUCUAAAGAGGAGCUAGCCMCAAGCAAUUUAUUUCGCUCAACUAGCAUAACUAUCUUGGAGAUUAUAUUUAUACUGGAUUUAAUAAGGUCUAAUAAUAACAAAGUGCAUUUUAACAUCAACGUCGCACGUUUUUGUAUCUUUCUUCGUAUGACUACCUAACAGUUAGCUUAGCUUGCUAGCAAGCUGCAAGUGUGGUAACGUUAGUUUGAGAAGAAGCCUGCUAGCGGUUUACACAGGUGCUAACGUUAGCUAGCUAACCAGCUGCCAGAAUGAAUGUCGCAAAAAGUGGUUAUCGGGUCUUCUCUGCCAAUUCUACUGCAGCAUGUACAGAACUAGCCAAGAAGAUAACUGAACGACUAGGAGUUGAAUUGGGCAAGUCGGUGGUCUAUCAAGAGUCCAAUAGAGAGACCAGAGUAGACGUGAAGGAAUCUGUUCGCGGCCAAACUAUCUUCAUCAUCCAGACCAUACCCAGAGAUGUCAACACGGCCAUCAUGGAGCUGCUGGUCAUGGCCUACGCCCUUAAGACCUCCUGUGCAAAGAACAUAAUUGGGGUCAUUCCCUAUUUCCCCUACAGCAAGCAGUGCAAGAUGAGAAAAAGGGGUUCCAUAGUGUGCAAGCUGCUGGCUUCCAUGCUAGCCAAAGCAGGUUUAACUCACAUCAUCACCAUGGACUUACAUCAGAAGGAGAUUCAGGGCUUCUUCAGUUUUCCAGUGGACAACCUGCGUGCCUCCCCCUUCCUGCUUCAGUACAUCCAGGAGGAGGUCCCAGAUUACAGAAACGCCAUUAUUGUUGCAAAGUCACCGUCUGCUGCUAAGAGAGCUCAGUCCUAUGCKGAGCGACUGCGUUUGGGCCUGGCAGUGAUGCAUGGCGAGGCUCAGUGUUCAGAGUCUGACAUGGCGGACGGACGACACUCUCCCCCCUGUGUCCGUAACACCUCAGGACACCCUGGGCUGGAGCUGCCUUUAAUGAUGGCCAAGGAGAAGCCCCCUAUCACUGUUGUAGGAGAUGUGGGAGGAAGAAUCGCCAUCAUUGUUGAUGACAUCAUKGACGACGUGGAGGACUUUGUGGCGGCAGCUGAGAUUCUGAAGGAGAGAGGAGCWUAUAAGAUCUACAUCAUGGCUACACAUGGGCUGCUGUCUGCCGAUGCCCCCCGUCUUAUUGAGGAGUCRGCCAUCGACGAYGUGGUGGUGACUAACACCGUCCCUCACGAGGUACAGAAGCUCCAGUGUCCCAAGAUCAAGACAGUGGACGUCAGUAUGAUCCUGGCCGAGGCCAUCCGACGCAUCCACAACGGGGAGUCCAUGGCCUACCUGUUCCGCAACAUCACGGUGGACGACUAGGCCAGAGACAUAGGGUUGAGUCUGUGCUGGAGGUGAGGUGUUUGGAGAAAGGCUGGUGGUAUACACGCUAUGGUCCCCUCCUCUCUCCACAGUGCUAGAAGUGCAUACUGUCCCUGUUGUCUGCACCUUCACAUACAGCCUAGUUCAGAUGACUAGGACGAGGGGGAGUACCGUCAUCAUAUCCCCUCUUACAAACCAAUAAAAUGCAUUUUCAUCAGCUUUUAGUGCACGAAACAUAACAUGGAGUUGCUCAAUAAAAGUGAUAAAAGAAACAAAAAGUUAAGCAAUACUAAAAGGUUGAUUUAACYUGCAUAUUUGUUGUCAGGUCAUUUGUGUUUUUUUUGCCUUACUAUGCUAAGGUCUGGCAAACCAGCAAUGCAUGAAUUACUGUACCUCACCUCCAUGGUAGUUUUGAUGUCUUAUUUAAUUCCUCCAUGCUUCAAGAUAUGAAGGGAUUUGUUAUUUUGUUGGUUCACUGUUCACUGUUUUUCCCACCUGAAUAAAAGGUGUAGGGUGAGUGUUA